GGCCGAACUCACUCCACAAGUCCCCAAAAUUCUGGAAACGUUUGUGUUACUUAAAAUGAAAGAGUUUGUCUUGAUAUUAUUAUGCUGUAGCUUUCCAAUCAUAGUAGGAUAUACACUCGGGCCAGAACUUAUAAAAAAUGGAGAUUUUGAGAAUGCAAUUAAUGGUGAAUGGUACGCCAGGGGCUGCAAGAUUGCGAGGGUGAAUUCUGGGGCUCACAAGGAUAGCUGGUGUGGAAGCGUCAGUGGAAGAAGCGCAAGAUGGGGAGCAAUGCUUCAGAAUGUGCAGUUGGAGAAGGGACGAUACUACUACCUUAGGGCAGCCAUCAAAUACACCAAUACCAGAGAGGAAGUCCUCUGGGACAGCGUUCAAGCCAUGCUGACCAUUAAUCUGCGCAGAAGUGGAACGGUCCGUAGGGUGUUUGGAGUUCUACCUCAGAUGAGAGAAGAGUUAGGUUGGCAACUUAUUGGAGGAGAUGUCCUCAUUCCAAAUGAAGAUAUAGCUUCUGCCUACAUCUUCCUCCAACCUGUCCAUGCGAGUAUAAACUACAACAUCGACAGUGUUUCUAUGCGUGAAAUCAUUGAGGACCCACAGCAUGAGACGAAUAUAAAUAUGCAAAUCAGCACCAUGAGAAAAGGAGGUGUUGAGUUGAACCUAGCUCUAUCAUCGUCCAUUAACCCCUCAGACAUCGAAGUGGAGGUAUCGCAGAAAAGUCGACCAUUUGCUUUUGGAAGUGCAGUCCAAGCAAUGAGAAUAAACAGCUCUCAACUAGCAAACAAACCCUAUCAAGACUUCUAUUACAAAAACUUUGAGUGGGCUGUUUUAGAAAAUGCAUUAAAAUGGCGUCAGAUGGAACGGAAGAAGGGGCAAAUUAACUAUGGCCGACCUGAGAUAGCAGUUGACAGUCUGAGGGAACAUGGCAUCCCAGUUCGUGGUCAUUGUGUAUCAUGGGGAGUGGAUGAGAGAAUUCCAGAUUGGAUUCGUCAUAAGACAGGCCCAAUGGUCCGGAAAGAAGUGACUACUCGAAUAAAUGGAGUUGUCGAUAGAUUCAAAGGAAGGCUGGUCCACUGGGACGUUAACAAUGAGGACCUACACGGAUUCUUCUUCGAGCAGAAAACUGGAAACGCAAACUUUAUGACUGAUGUGUUUAGAGAAGUUGAAAAAGUUGACGGGAACGUGAAACUGUUCGUUAAUGAUUUUCAAGUUAUAUCAAGUCAAAGAUUGACGUUUGCUCUUGCAAACCAAGUGAGGCGUCUUAGAGAGGAGGGUGUCGAUGUUCAUGUCGGAGUCCAGGGACAUUUCCGCCAAGGCAAAGUUCCGCCACCAGGAGUGCUGCAAAGACGUCUUGAUACGCUCGCUGAAGUGGGUGCGGAAAUAUGGAUCACUGAGCAUGAUAUAGAAGAGAUAAAUGUUAACACGAGAGCUGACCUGUAUGAACAGACAAUGAAGGUCUUCUACGCCCAUCCUGCUGUAAAGGGUGUUCUUCUUUGGGGCUUCUGGGACCAGGCACAUUGGCGACCUUCGGCCGCACUAGCAGAGGGUCCAAACUGCCAGGCCAACGCCGCUGGUAGAAGAUGGCAAAAAUUGGUCAAGAAUGACUGGAUGACCGAUGAGAAGUUUCCCGUCAUGUCAAAUAGUGAGACCAUAUCACUAAAUGCCUUCCAUGGUAACUAUGACGUCACCGUUAGGUCAAGGGGUACACACAAUGUCCUUCACACACAAUCUUUUGCUGUCAAAGAAGGUUCCACGUUGACCCAAGUAGAUGUCAAUGUAAGCCGGACGGAAGAAGCAGAGAAGAGAUUUUUCGAAAAUUGUCUUAAUUUGGAGAGCUUUAUGGAUCAUGUUAUCCAAUGUCAUGCCCAUUUCGUGAAAAUCCAAAAGGAACUUAAUGUGUUACAAAAUAAUGUUUAGACAAAACGGAAAAUAUGAUCGAGGAUGGGAUGGGGUAUAACCCUUUAAUGGCAGACCAUAUGUGAGGUGAGGUGGCAACAUCAGAAUUCUCCAAAGGACGAGAAAAAUUAAAAUGUAAAUGAAAUGUGCGCCACCUUGUCUGAAAUACAAAGUGGGCCAUGAAAAAUGGGUCACUUCUAAAAAACAAAUAUGAUCACAUAAUCUAUUACGCAUGUGUAAUGUACAAAAUGCGUAAUCAAAUGAGAUUCUGAUAUACUCAUGAAAUAAUACUGGUGUAGUGAUGCGUAAACAUAACUCCGUCCUAUUUUUUCGUAAAAUCCGGAUUUUGAGACUUAAAAAUUGACUGAAUAUAUCAGUGAGUUGUUCCAAAAAUAAUGAAAAUUCAAGAAUCAUCUGCAGAGUCAUUAUUUCUAGAUAUUAGAAUGGGAGUGUGUGUAGUAAAACUUGUAAUAAUUGUUUUGAUAGUAUAGCUAGUUGAAACAUAUGAUACAAUAUAAGCUUAUAAAUACAAAAAUAAGUCAGAAAUAUAAAAAUGUACAUUUUAUCAGAUUUUG